CAAUGUGUACCGGGUUACAUGGAUUGGUAUAAGAAUAUCACGCACCUAUAUGUCGAGCAUACUGAUGAACCGAGUGUCCGUGACCAUCAGGAUUUUAGCGAACAUGCGGAUCGUAUUGCACAUGCACUGCAGAUUUCACAUCCUAUUAUUGACGCUGGUUAUCAGGAGGGGAUUCGCCAUCCUUAUCGACUUUACCAGGCUAUCGAGAGUAUGACACAUGUUCUUGAAGGUCAGCACAUUGACGAAGCUGGACCUAGUUCUGCUAGACCUAGUUCUGCUGGAGGUCGCUUUCCAUCUUCGACAUUGACAUACAGUCGUAGGCCUAGGCGUAGGCAUACAGCUGAUUCGUGACAUGUUAUGUUGUUACAUGUUAUUUUGUUAGUUGAUGAAUAUUGUUUGGUGUUUUUUGUAAGAUGACAUUGUUGUAAUGGUAACA